CAAUUAUAUAUCGCAAAGCCCCCGACACUGUUAAGCUUCUUGUGCUCCCCAGCUUGUGGGACCUCGGGAACUUGGGCGAAAACACAGGAACCAAGUUCAUCACGGAAGUAUAUUAUCAUAUUUUACUCCCUUUACACUUCGAGAAGAAUCAAUGGCCGAGGCAUACCACGCCGACCCCCAGUAUGAGUUCAGCCGCGACUUCAAAGGCUACGGCGAGGCGGGCCUCCAGCUCAAGUGGCCCAACAACGCGAGGAUCGCCGUGUCCUUCGUCAUCAACUACGAGGAAGGCGCCGAGCGCAGCGUGCUCUCCGGGGACGGGCAGGCAGAGAGCAUCCUGAAGGAGAACCCCGUGACGGCCCCGGCCAUCAACGUGCGUGACUACAGCGCCGAGUCGGAGUACGAGUACGGCAGCCGGGCGGGGUGGUGGCGUCUGUUCCGGCUUUUCAGCAAGUACAGGAUGAAGUUCACCCUCUACGCAGUCGCGCAGGCCGUAGAGAAGCAGCCGGAGGUGGCGCGGAGAUGCGUCGAGGAGGGACACGACAUUGCGUCGCAUGCUUACCGGUGGAUUCCCUACCAGGACCUCUCUGCCGAGGAGGAAAAGGAGUAUAUCCGCAAGGCCAUCACGUCCCUGAAAUCCUUGUCUGGCUACGCGCCGCGGGGGUGGUACUACGGGCGCCCGAGCCCGCGCUCGCGGACGCUGGUCCCCCAGGUCUACGAGGAGAUGGGCGAGGAGCUCGUGUGGGCCUCGGAUACCUACGCAGACGACGUCCCCUACUGGAUCGACCUGCCGGCCGAACAGGAAUCGUCGAGCCCCAAGGGCUGCCUGAUGGUGCCCUACUCGUACGACUGCAACGACUUCAAGUUCCUCGUCCCCACCACGGGCUUCCGAGACCCCCAGGGCUUCUACGAUCACAUCAAGAACGCCUUUGAUGUCCUCUACGAGGAGGGGUCGGACGGUAUGCCCAAGAUGAUGACUAUUGGCCUCCACUGUCGCAUCAUCGGGCGGCCUGGCCGUUUCAAGGCGCUGCAGGACUUUGUGGACUACAUCAGCAAGAAGGAGGGCGUGUGGGUGGCUACGAGGAGUGAGAUUGCCGAGGCCUUCAAGCAGCAGUUCCCGUACAAGAAGGGCCAGCUAGCCUGAGGAUUCACAAGAAUUGGCGAUGCGGGCGGUCAAAUCGUAAUGUGGAUGCGAACCAGAUUCUAUGUAAUAAAGGACCAAUGCAGUUUGUUAUUGCUUGUCCGCUCCAUCUGGGACAUCCAUUCCAUCACGCGAUUUUCCUCCAUGCGAUGAUAUCGAUGACAUUCACCACUAGUACACGGACACUUUGAUGAGCCGCA